AUGGCUGAGGUGAAGGAGGAGCAGGAGGAGCAGGACGAGUGGGAGCCCAAAGAGGAGGAGCCCGGUGUGUGGGAGCAGCUCAAACUGGACCCUGACCACAGAGGUCUGAGUCUGAAGAUCAAAGAGGAACUAGAGGAGCAGACGAUUGAGUCUGUGCCAGUGAUUGUGUCUGUGCGCAGUGACGCACACGCCACAGACGCACACACCACAGACGCACACGCCAAAAAUGCACACGCAACAGGCGCACAUGCCACAGACGCACGCGCCAUAAACAAAGACGCCACAAGCGCACACGCCACAGACGCGCACGCCACAGACGCGCACGCCACAGACGCGCACGCCACAGUCGCGCACGCCACAGACGCGCACGCCACAGGCUCGCACGCCACAGGCUCGCACGCCACAGGCUCGCACGCCACAGGCUCGCACGCCACAGGCUCGCACGCCACAGGCUCUCACGCCACAGGCUCUCACGCCACAGGCUCACACGCCACAGGCUCACAGGCUAUAGACGCACAUGCCACAGACGCACACGCCACAGAUGUCCACGCCACAGGCGCACAUGCCACAGACGCUUACGCCACAGACGCACACGCCACUGACAUUUACGCCACAGACGCACACACCACAGACGCACACGCCACAGUCACCAUCUUGAAGCAGCGGCGUGAUGAGCGUGGAGAUGAGGAGUUGUUCUCCUCAGACACAGACGACUCCGAGGACUGGACCGUAGGCGACAGCGGCGCGCACACAGGGAAGCACCGGAAGGAGGCGGGGCUAAAGAGCUGCUCUCACUGCGGUAAAGGCUUUCCCACCAACAAGCGGCUGCGCAGCCACGAGCUCACGCACCUGGAGCAGAAACCCUUCAAGUGCGCGGUGUGCGGUCGCGGCUUCAUCCGCAGCUGUAAGCUGAAGGUGCACAUGCGCGUGCACACGGGCGAGAAGCCCUUCAAGUGUCCUGUGUGCGCUAAAGCCUUCAGGAUCAAGGACCACGUGAACCUGCACAUGCGCAUCCACACAGGGGAGCGACCUUUCAGCUGCUCCAUCUGCCAGAGGAGCUACACGCAGCGCCAGAGUCUGAAGAUGCACAUCCUCACGCACAAAGGCGACAAGCCACACAAGUGCACGCUGUGCGACAAGCGCUUUGCAGAGAAGAAGCGCGUGAACCUGCACAUGCGUGUGCACACCGGGGAGCGGCCCUUCACCUGCGGCGUGUGCGGGCGCCAGUUCACAGAGAAAGGCCACUUAACACAACACUCAAAGAUCCACACAGGAGAGCGCGACUUCCCCUGCGCCCUCUGCUCCAAGGCCUUCAAGGUGAAGACGCAGCUCACCACACACAUGCGCACGCACACGGGCGAGCGACCUUACAGCUGCUCCGUGUGCCAAAUGGCUUUCAAGCAGAGCGGCGGUCUGAGCGAACACAUGAGGAGCCACACCGGCGAGCGACCUUACAGCUGUUCCGUCUGCUCCAAGACAUACGUGCGCAGGAAGUCUCUGCUCAAACACACGCGCCUGCACUCAGGGCUGACGUGCGGCGUGUGCGGCCAGGCGUUCGCAGAGAAGAAGUCUCUGGACUUCCACACCAACAUCCGGCACACGGGCGCGCGCCCCUUCCACUGCGCCGUCUGCAACAAGGACUUUGUGGCCGAGUGGUGGUUCCUCAAACACAUGCGCGUUCACACCGGGGAGAAGCCUUUCAGCUGCUCCUUCUGCGCCAAGAACUUCCGCACGCGCUGCCAGCUGCAACGGCACGCCAAGGUGCACACGGGGGAGGGGCCCUUCACCUGCGGCGUCUGCGGUAGGCAGUUCUCCUCAGAACCAGGUCUGAACAUCCACAAGAACCGACACGCGCCACAGGGGCCUCUGGAUUGCGGCGUCUGCUCUCAGCAGCUGCGCAACAAGAGCGCCCUGAGGCGCCACAUGGACCAGCACCAAGGAGAGCGCCUCUUCAACUGCUCUGUGUCCCUGACUAGGGUCCAGACCGGACUCUAG